AUGAAUGGAUCGUCUGAUACAUCACAAACUGAUUCGACGGAUGUGAAGGGCGGUCUACCGGGCUCAGGCAACUCUGAUUCACCCCAAUCGCCUUUUUCACCGGCAUCUGCGUCGUCUGUAUCGUCUUCCCCUGUAUCUGCAUCGGAUGAUAUCACUCUUGUUGCAAACAGUGCCGGUAAAAAGGUACCAAAAGUUAUCCACUACCAGCCACAACGUGGCACCUUUGAUGAGACAACUGCUGUCAACGGGGAUUCUGGAAGCUCUACCUUUCGUGGUGUUUCAUCAUUAGCAUCUGCUGCCACUACUGCAUCUUCAUCUGCUGCAGCAGCUGCUCAGGCUAGAGUAUCUCAGUUACAGUAUAACCACAACCGCGUAGCGCUUGAUAGGUCCAUCAAUACAGCAGCUGAAUUUGUUCAUGAGCUUCGUCAGGAGAACAAAACACAACCUAUACAUUAUCCAAUGACGGAAGAUCCGGAUCUGGAUGCCAGGUUAAACUCUAGGGAUUCGAGAAUAGCCAUUAUGCGCCAGAAAUCAUACUCAGAUUCGCCAGAGCCAACUUCUACGUCGGAAGAUUCUCCUUUCCAGAUUCUCAAGAUCUUUUUUAGAUUCGAUCCAGCCUCUGGUGAUGUUGUAGGUAAUCUAGAUAAAGGAGCCCUUGCUUCUUUAAUCGAUGAUAAACUUUCGCAGGUGCUCAGACAUCUUUCAUCAUUGAAAGAUCGUAUCGAUGACACCUCAUCCAAAGUUCUUGUCACUGGAGAUUUGAAUUCAGGAAAAUCGGCUUUUUGUAAUGCAUUAUUACGUCGCGAAGUACUUCCAGAGGAUCAGGAGCCUUGCACUAGCGUCUUUUGUGAGAUCAUCGAUGCUCUUGAGAAUGACGGUGUUGAGGAAGUACAUGCUGUACCAAUCGGAUCUAAAUAUGAUAUCGACGAUCAUCGUACCUUUUGCAAGUUCCAGGUAUCUGAUUUGGGCGAACUAGUCUACGAGGCCAAGACAUAUUCACUUUUGGUGAUCUAUGUGAAGGACAGUCGUCCUCCAGAGCAGAGCUUAUUAAGAAACGGGGUCAUCGAUAUAAAACUAAUUGAUGCUCCUGGUUUAAACUUGGAUUCAUAUCAUACCACACAACUCUAUUCACGGCAGGAAGAGAUCGAUCUUGUGGUGUUUGUCGUAAACGCAGAAAACCAUUUUACGCUUUCGGGACGUGAAUUCAUAUCAAGUGCUGCCAAUGACAAGAACUUGAUCUUUGUAGUGGUGAAUAAGUUUGAUCAAAUUAAGAAUAAGGAUCGGUGCCGUGGCAUGAUUAUGCAGCAACUUCAACCUCUUUCUCCGGAGACAUUUAAGAAUGCAGACGAGUUUGUGCAUUUUGUGUCUGCUCAGAAUGCUAUCAAACCAGAUGGAGAUCCUAAAGGAGAUCCCGACGAACCCGAUAACAAUGGUGAUGGCCGGCCAGACUUUGAUCGGUUAGAAGCAUCAUUGAGAAACUUCAUUCUUGAGAAAAGGUCGCUCUCUAAACUACUACCUGCGAAGACGUAUCUCUGUAAGUUGUAUGACGAUAUUGCUAGACUUGCCGAAAUUAACGAGAAACUGUACAAAGACAGUCGGUCUGCUAUCAAGGCGCAGUUUGAUGAAGUGAGUCCACAGUACAAGGACAAUGUUCAGAACUCUGUGAAGGUGAAUGAGGCAAUAAUGAAACUUAUCGAGGAUUCGUCAGAAAAAGCAUAUGAUUAUUCAAGAGCACACAUUCGAGAAGUUAUUGACGGUGUGGGGCAGGCUCCAUUGGGAGUUGCAUUUAAGGGUUAUUCGGACAUAUCCAGGUUUGCCAUUUCAACUCAAGAGGGAGUGAUCAACCGAAUCCUAGAAAGUGUUGCAGAGUCGGAAGAUUUUGCUAGAAAUAACACGUCCUGUGCAAUCGACGACAUCCGGCGUAUAGGCAGACAAUAUCUUGACGAGGGCAGCAUGCCAGCUACGAAAUUUGUUCCAGAAGCAAUGUAUUCCAGGAAGAGAGACUUGUUCCAACGCCGAAUCGACACUACGUUUAGCUUCACCGACUUUGUGGACCCUAGUCUUGAGAGUUUCUGUAAAGUAUGUGGAGUGAAGCUUCCAUCGAGAACAAUUAGCGCAGUUAUUUGGGCAGCAUUUUCCAAGCUAUGGAAAACAGGACUCUCUGGAUUGGUUGUGAUGUAUGGCCCACAUAUGUUUUCCACCAUGACCGGAAUACAGUCCAUGAGCUCACUUUUACCCCAGGCAGUGACGAAGAAAGUUCUUCCGUGGACUGUCAUGGGAAUUUGCAUUGGUCUACCUAUCUACUACUUCUACAAAGACGCACCACGAGCCUACCAACGGAAAGUGGUAAAGAAGAUCAAGAAGGAACUGGAAAACGAGGACUAUCUGAGCGUGAACUCUUUGCGGAUAUCAAAGGAGGUGCGCAAAGUACUCAACUAUCCAGCGAACGACGUUUCCAUCGGACUGAAUGCACUGAUUGAGACGAGCAACAGCAAGCGAGCCAAGCUAAUUAGGGAAAUGAAGAAGGGCGAAAGUUGCACCGAAUUCUACGGAGAGUUGAUUGGCAGGGUGAAGCAGCAGCGAAAUAUAGUGGAAUCAUACGACUUGAUAGGGGUCGACUAA